AUGGCACCGCCGCCUCGCCUCCUCCCUCUCCUCCUUGGUCGCCUCCUCGUCUCCGGCGACCUCCUCCGCAACACCGCCCACCUCCGCCGCAUCGUACCCCUCCUCCCUUCCCACCCCCACCUCGCCGCCUCCCUCUCCAGCCUCUACUUCCCGCUCUUCCCCUCCUCAUGCAUCUUCCUCCACAACCUGCUCAUCCGAGCCUCCGCAACCUCCCCGUCUCCUCGCAUCGCCUUCGCCGCCUUCUCCUCCAUUCUCCGCUCUGGCGAUACUCCCGACCGAUUCACCUUCCCUUCCCUCCUCAAGUCGGCGUCCAGGCUCGCCUCUUUCCCGCGCACGGGCGCGCAGGUGCACGCGCAGGCUGUCCGGCGCGGCUUCUUGAUCGACGUCUUUGUCGUCAACGCGCUCCUCGCGAUGUACGCCGCCUUCCGAGACACGGUUUCCAUGCGGGAGGUGUUCGACUCGUGCUCAGGGGUCACCGACGUGGUGUCUUGGAACACGGUGCUCGGUGGCUAUGUGAAGUGCGGGGACAUCGGGAACACCCGGAUGAUGUUCGAGGAAAUGCCGCAGAGGAAUGGGGUGUCCUGGAGCGCGAUGGUUGGGGCAUACGCCGGUUCUGGCGAGUUGGAUGUGGCCAGGGAAAUGUUCGAUGAGAUGCCGGCCAUUGGGAGGAACAUUGUGACAUGGAACUCGAUGAUAACAGGAUUCGCGCGGCAUGGGCUACUGCCACUGGCUAGGAAGAUGUUUGAUGAGAUGCCGGUACGGAAUCUGGUAUCGUGGAACACAAUGAUCCGGGGGUAUGCAGUGAACGGUGAGAUGGAUGGUGCACGGAAGCUGUUUGAUGUGAUGCCGGAGAAAGAUGUGAUUUCCUGGACGUGCAUGAUUUCUGGGUAUGCACAGGCUGGACGCUACACGGAAACCCUUGAGCUGUUCAGGGAAAUGCAGAGCGAGAGCAGUGCCCGUCCUAAUGAGGUGACCAUGGUGAGCGUGCUCUCAGCAUGUGCACAUUUAACAGCUCUGGAAGAAGGGAGGUGGGCUCACACUUACAUUGACAAGCACAAGAUGGUGCUCGACAAUGACUUCAAUCUCGGUGCUGCUCUCGUUGACAUGUAUGCUAAGUGUGGGAAAACUGACAUGGCUGUCAAAAUCUUCCACUCCUUGGACCAGAAGAAUGUCUCUGCCUGGAAUGCGCUCAUCACUGGGUUGGCAGUGAAUGGUGAUGUUCAGGAUUGCAUUGAUGUGUUUGAGCAGAUGAAGAGGUCAGGAGAGAAACCGAAUGACGUAACGUUCGUUGGUGUGCUGACUGCUUGUGCCCACAGCGGGCUGGUGGAUGAGGGUCGACGGUGCUUUCAGAGCAUGUCAUCAUCUAAUUGUGGAGUGCAGCCAGAGGCAAAGCAUUAUGGCUGCAUGGUUGACAUGUUAGGCCGGGCAGGGCUUCUUGAAGAGGCAGAGGAGCUGAUAAGGAGCAUGCCGAUGGCCCCAGAUGUCAUGAUUUUGGGCGCACUACUAGGUGCCUGUCGAAUGCACAAGAGAUUUGAUGUGGCUGAAAGAGUCCAGAGUGAAAUUAUUGGUCUCAACACACGGCAGGCUGGCUGCCAUGUCUUGAUAUCAGACGUUUAUGCUGCUGCUGGCAAAUGGGGAGAGGCUUUAGAUGCAAGGCGUGUUCUUCAGAAGUGCACAAUCAGGAAAUUGCCAGGAUCAUCCAGCUCGAUGCGAUAGCAUGGAGCCUGUGCUGACACCGCCAAGAGCCAGAGUGGAGUCAGAGGUCAGGAUUUUCUGAAUCUUCAUGCAACUUACUCGAGGAAUGGAACGACUAACUCCCUGUCAACAGAAACAACAACAGGAAUUGGCAUAUUCAUUCGACUUGAAAGAGUACAGCGACAAGGCAAUUUCCAUUAUUCAUUCAGGCUACCA